AUGCUUGUCUUCGUCACCGUGGGCUCGACACGCUUUGACGCGCUCGUCCAGGCUGUAUUGUCGGAUCGCGUCCUUGCUGCUCUCAGUCAAGCUGGAUGCACUGCUGUCGUUGUUCAAUGUGGAAAUUCGCACUUUGCCCACACUCAUUCGAUCCAGAACGGAGAAACCCUUAACACCCAGCAACAAAAUGUCACUAUUGAAAUGUACAAAUUCAAGCCGUCGUUAGAUUCAGAUUAUGAACGAGCAGAUAUGGUCAUCAGCCAUGCAGGCUCUGGAACGAUUCUCGAUGUUCUUCGGCUGGGCAAGCCUCUCAUCGUCGUUCCCAAUCCGACCCUGCUCGACAACCACCAAGAGGAGCUGGCGACGGCCUUGGAAGAGCUGGGCCAUUUGAGAUCUUCAACCGUACCAGGCCUUGCCCGCACUAUUGAAGAAUUCGAUAGAGCAGCCAUCGUCGAGUUUCCACCUCUCGAUCCAAGCAGAUUUCGCCGCCUGCUGGACGAAGAGAUGGGGUUCUGA